AUAUUGCAUGGUUCAAAAUAGGCAAAACAAUUGAAGUCGUAAUUAUUGGGUCAGCUAGUUUAACUAUCUCAUCAUCAUCAACAGUAAAUACUUAAUCAACUGAACUUAAUAAAAUUCGUGAAUUAGAUCGUUUAAUGGGAAUAUUAUUUAUUAGAUGUUGAAGGAGAAAAUAUUGGUAAAUCAGCAGCACUUGAUAUAAAAAAUAAUACAGUAACUUAUGUAUUAAUAUUAGAUGUUGAAGGUACUCGACAACGUUUAAAAGAAUUUCGUCAACAAACAUUAAAAUUAAUUGAUGAAUGUUGGCCAUCAGGGGCUGAAACAAUUAAAGAUGUUGUUAGUUAUGUCGUUGAUAGAAAAAAUUAA